AUGAGCGGCGCGUUUCAAGUUACAGGAAUUCAACACCCAGCGAAGAAAUGGGUGGAAGAUUUCGGUGAAGGAUGGGUGCAGUUUAAGGCAAAAGGCCUUAAAGAAUAUGGUAUGAUCUUGGCACAUGUCGGUCCGCACGAUCCAACGGUGUUCUGGAACAGCAUCCGAGUAAAGAUAAUUACCACAUUUGGAAUGGCGAACUUCCAUGAGUACCUUGACAGUGGCUUCUUGGUUCUCACCGUUAAUACGUGGAAGCGUGAGACUCCUCAGGUCCCUCAAACCUGCCCCCCUCUUUCGUAUCUGCAGAAACGGGUGGUGUUUGAAGUUCUCUUCGAGAAUAAAGAUUUAUGGCGCCCAGGUAACUACGUUUAG